AUGGCACAACAAGAAUCGGCUCCCGGGUUUAUCCGCUUCUGUUUCUUCAUUCUUGGGAUGGGGACCCUUCUUCCCUGGAAUUUUUUUAUCACACCCUUCGAUUUUUGGAUGCACAAACUAAAAAUUAACUACACUGAAACAGGAGUAAAUGGAACAGAACAGGAUCAAACCUAUCAGGAUUUCUGGCAGGCUACCAUGGGCCUGGCGACAAUGUCGACCAAUUUCGUGAUGUGCUUUGUGACAACUCUGGCUAUGAACAGAAUAUCUCGAAACUCGCGUUUUGUUGUCCCUCUGAUUGGAAUAGCAAUCUGUUUCACCAUUGCUGCAGUUUACACAAAGCUGGACAAACCACCAGGACAGUUUUUCGCUGAGACGAUGGUCAAUGUAAUCAUCAUCACCGUCUUUUGUGCCAUUCUUCAAGCUUCACUCUUUGGCCACGGAGGAGAAGUGGGCGAUGUCAUGCCCUCUAUCAUGGGUGGUCAAGGAGUUGGAGGUAUUGCCGCGUCUGUCGUUGACAUUUUCUGCAAGUUGGUCUUCAAAGAUGAUGUGGUCCAGGCUGCGUCGCUCUUCUUCGUCAUUCCUGCCGUAUUCAUGGUGAUCACCGUAGCUAUCUACUUGUAUAUGCAACGUCUUCCAUCUUAUCAAGAGCGUCUUGCUCCUAAAGAAGAGAUUGUUCUCAAACAAGAAGGCGAAGAAGAAAAGGAGGGCCUCGUAAAGAAGGAACAGGAACAAUUAGCGAGCAGCGAGCCUGAAGCCACUCUCUUUAGCGUUAUUAUGGACCUCCAAAAUGGCGUAGCGAAAUACAUGUUUUGCGUGUUUUUCGCUUUCGUCGUAACCUUAGGUUGCUUCCCAGCAGUAGUUGUCACGAUCAAACCUGCUAACUACGUACCAGAUGAAGAUAAUCCGAAUUUGUUCUACGAUAAAUUAUUCACUACCAUCGUAGUUUUCUUCCUCUUUAACGUAGCCGACACAAUUGGUCGAGUUAGUUCUGAAUGGAUCACUCGUCCAGGCAAGCUUCAGUUCAUCAAGCCGGAUCAGCCUAACCGACUCGUUCUUUUUUCAUUGAGCAGAAUCAUCUUCAUCAUUUUGUUCGUCAAAUGCAACGUUUUCGUCGACGCUGUUGGAGAUACCCGCUCAGAGCCCUGGUUCAAGAGUGACAUCGCUUUUUGUCUGAUUAUGCUUCUCUUCGGAAUCACAAAUGGAAUGGUUUCGAGUAUAGCGAUGGCAUACGCUCCAGAAGUUGCUCCUCUCAAGGUUCGAGAACAAGUCGGCGGCACGAUGGGCACUGUCUUGGUAGCUGGCCUCUUCGGCGGUGCAUGCCUUGCGUUUCCCCUCACAAGUUUCGCAAAGUCGAUAUAG